AUGGCAUUACCGAGCUGCUCAGUUGACCAACUGGCCCAGUUAUUGGGCCCAAACAUCACCGACGCCAUGGCUGCCACAGGCUACCUCCGUGACCAAAUCUCCAUCAUCUCUAACAAGUUCACCGACAUGCUUUUGCCAUGGGGUUACCUGUUCGGGUUUGCCUUCACCUUUGGCUCUUCCUCCAACGGCUUCAUCGGCCGCCACUUCUUCAGACUCAAGGAAAUUCCUUCAUCGUCCUUCGACUACAGUAACUUCCUCUACCAGUGGGCCUUCGCUAUGGUAGCUGCAGGUAUCACUAGCGGCUCCAUCGCCGGGCGCACCCAGUUCAUCUCCUACCUCAUCUACUCCUUCCUCACUGGUUUCAUUUACCCUGUUGUAUCCCACUGGAUUUGGUCCCUCGAUGGCUGGGCCAGUGCUUUCAACACAGAAAACCUUUUGUUUGGCAUUAGCGUGGCCACGACCCUGUCCGGUUGCACCACGGCUCUCACCACUCUCUUCGACAAGAGAAUCCUAUCCGGCCACUGGAACGUGACGGACAUGUCCAACGGAUUACUUUGUUAA